UUAACUGACGUUGUUUAUCUUAACGGAUGCGGAGAUUCUAUGGUGAGGGAUAUCUUCAAGAAUUUUCUCGAAGCAUAUGCAGUUGAACGUUUAAAAGAAGUUCAGGUGUUAGGAGACUUUUAUGAACUUUCAAUGGAAAAAUCCCUACAGCAAUUGGAAUAUCCAAAUUCGUCGGCAAUUCUCUAUGCAGUCUUUGGAAAUCUUGAAGCCAAUUCUUCAAGUCUAGACGCACAUAAUUUGACACAAUUCCCUCUGUUUUAUGCGCAGGAGACUUCGAACAAAUUGACCUGCUUACAAUCCCUAUCUUCUGAUACUGCAGCACUUUGCUAUGCUAUUCCCUUUUCCAUUGGCUUUUCAACCUCUUUUCGGGCUAAGAUCUUCAACAUGACAUCAAUAAAACUUACGAAUGGACAAACAAUAUUGAGACCACUGUUACCCUCAGUUGAGACAUUUAUCUUCGAUCCAACAAACCAUCUCAGUUAUCCUCUUGUAAGGACAAUUUCUUUAAUCCUCAAAAAAAGGUAUACCAGUGGAGGUAAACUCAAUCCCGAUGUUUGUAAAGCGACAACUGAAUUGAAAAGAUUCCUUGAAUGGGUAGUAACAUCUGAAAUUGCGAGAGAUAUUCUGAAUAAUGCCUCGUGCGUUCUUAUUGGAGAUAAAUAUGGAGUACUCAAAUCCUAUUUAACUAGUAUGGAAUGCAGUCGUGAUGAAAGUCUCAUUACAGUAGAUUUAUACACACACAAAUUUGAAGCAAAAGAGGAUAGCGGUACUACUAAUAAUGAUGAUGAUGACGAUGGAGAUGAUGGCGAUCUUGAUAAUAUCACUAUUUUUACUGUGGCAGCAAAUUGCUUUGGAAUUCUCCUCUUGGUCAUUGGGGUUAUGGUGAUGCGACGAUUUCUCAGUCAAUGGGCAGAAAUCAGAGGUGAUGUGUGGAAAAUCACCGAAGUAGAUUUAGUUCCACCAGAGGCUGAGGGUUUGGAAUCCUUCUCAGUUUUAAUACCACAAACCUCCUCUAGACAGAGUUUUACCCAAUUCGAAUGCAGAGCAAGUUGUCAAAGAAGCUCUCUAUUUGUUCCUGGUUUCAAUACAGUGGACUCAAAGUCCAUUUGCGGUAUAUAUAAAUCAACUAGCGUCAUCCUUAAUCCAACUCACAUACCACUUUCAAGGAUAUUUGAUUACAAUACACGUAAGACCCUGAUAGAAUUACGUAAAGUUUCUCACAGUCGUGUUCUUCGUUUCCAUGGACUAGCAAAUAUUGUCGAUAGAACGGAUACUCAAUUAGCUGAAGACGAAGAGAUGAGAGAUUUUCGAUUUGCAGCUGGGGAUAACUUCUCGGAAAGGCUUAAUUUUUCUUUCGAGAAUAAUGACAUCAACACUUACUAUUUAGUGACCGAACAGUGCACGGGCGAGAAUAUAUUCUACUUCAUGCAUUGUGCAUCAAUGGGUUUUCCUUAUGAAGCAAAGGUACUCGUCAUUAUUCAGCUAAUCGAUGCCAUUGAUUACCUGCACGACCAUGGAAUUGUUCAUGGAAAGUUAAAUUCCCAGUGCUGCCAAUUUGACCACAAUUUCAACAUCAAAGUUAGUGACUGGGAGUGUGUGGAAAUCCUUGAAAAGUAUGGACGUCUUCACAACUCAGAUAUAUACCUACCAUCAAAAAUGAUUGACUUCUUACAGAAGGUUAACGCCCUUAGACCAGCAUCAGAUCGUAAAUGCCGAACAAUGAAUUGUAUUAAUAUGAAUGCUGUAAUGCGACUGCGUUGGAGACCACCUGAGUGUCUCUGCUUCGAACUCCCUCUGGUAAAAGAGUUGUUUUCAUAUCCUGAAGAACCCAUUCAAGCUACUGAUGAGCAAUUUGAGCGUAUUGAGGAGUUAGGGGAAGAAGAUACUCAAAAGCGAAGCUAUGAGAUAAAUCUUUCACAUUUCCAAGAUCCUGCCGUUGAUAUUUACAGUCUUGGUGUGAUAGUAAAUGAGGUAUGGGCUAGAGCAAUUCCCUACUCAGAAAAAGACCCAGAAUAUGAAGGAGAAAUUAAAUUACUUGAAGCUGUUGCUCAAGGGGAAAUUAGUCUUGAAAUACCUACUAAUGUUCCAGAAGUUGUAGCAAGUUUGGAUGAAGAAGAGAAAAGAAUGAAUGCAGUUAAAGAAGCGCUAAUGAGGGAGUUUUUACCGAAACCUCUUGCUGAUAAGACUUUGGAGGCCAUUUCGAACGGGUCUGAUGAGAUGGAGGCUCUAGAAAGCGCCAUGAAACCAAACCGCUAUCUUCAGAUUGUUGUAGCUCUGAAUAGAUUAAACCGACUUGUGACAAAUAUUAUUGAGGAGCGAAAAAUCCUCCGCAUUUCGUCAUUCGGAACCAUUGUAAUGAUGACGAGCGAUCCACAAGGUGGAGACAAUGAUUCAGUUAGGCAGGCCAUAUCUGUAACAGAUUGCGCUCUUGAUUUACAAAACUGCCUGCGAUGCUUUGGUAAGAUACCGAGAACUGAUGUCAAUCCAGAAUUCGCCAUCGCUUUAGACACUGGAGCUGUUGCAAUGGGAGUAAUGCCUGGAAAUGUACCUUCGUAA